GAGCGGCGGGCGAAGGUAGGUAGGCUGUUGGAGGGGGUCGUGUGAACGGGAAGAAAUGAAAUAAACGCGUUUCUUCCAUUCCGGCAUCUCUUCUUGAUUGUUUUCCAGGCUCAAAAGGCGGCGUCCUCCUCCUCCUCCUCGGUGGUUCUCUCCUCCUCCCCCACUUCCAGUCUACCCGGCACAACAACCCUGCAAGUGCUGGGCGGAGAUCUCGCAAUGGAGACCCUGACAGCCAGUGAGAUCCGUCAAUGCUUCAUCAAUUUCUUUGUGGACAACCAGCACAGUUACGUCCACUCGUCUUCUACCAUCCCCCUGGAUGACCCUACCCUCCUCUUUGCCAAUGCUGGCAUGAACCAGUUCAAGCCUAUCUUCCUCAACACGAUUGACCCUUCCCAUCCCAUGGCCAAACUGACGCGGGCCGUCAACACCCAGAAGUGCAUUCGAGCUGGUGGCAAACACAACGACUUGGACGAUGUGGGCAAGGAUGUGUAUCAUCAUACUUUCUUUGAGAUGCUGGGCUCCUGGUCUUUUGGCGAUUACUUCAAGGAACUGGCUUGCAAGCUUGCUCUGGACCUGCUCACCGAAAAAUUUGGCAUCCCCAUCGAAAGGCUCUAUGUGACUUAUUUUGGUGGCAACGAGGCAGCCGGCUUGGAGCCUGACUUAGAUUGCAAACAAAUUUGGCUGGAUCUCGGUCUGGCAGAGAGCAAGGUUCUUCCAGGUAGCAUGAAGGACAACUUCUGGGAAAUGGGAGACACUGGGCCCUGUGGCCCCUGCAGCGAGAUGCAUUACGACCGGAUUGGGGACCGAGACGCUUCCCACCUUGUCAAUCAAGAUGAUCCCAACGUGCUCGAGAUCUGGAAUUUGGUGUUCAUACAGUUCAACAGAGAGGCUGAUGGGACCUUGAAACCACUGCCGAAGAAAAGCAUCGACACUGGGUUGGGGCUGGAACGGCUGGUGUCCGUGUUGCAGAACAAAAUGUCCAACUAUGACACCGAUCUUUUUGUGCCUUAUUUCGAGGCUAUUCAGAAGGGGACUGGCUGCCGACCGUACACCGGGCAGGUUGGUGAGGAAGAUGUCGAUGGCAUAGACAUGGCUUACCGAGUCCUGGCUGACCACGCCCGAACCAUCACCAUAGCCCUUUCAGACGGGGGGAGACCCGAUAACACCGGCAGAGGGUAUGUUCUGAGGCGCAUCCUCCGACGUGCUGUGCGCUACGCUCAUGAGAAGCUCAAUGCUCCCAAGGGAUUCUUCGCCACCCUGGUCGAUGUGGUGGUUCAGUCCCUGGGUGGAGCCUUCCCUGAACUGACCAAAGAUCCAGACAUGGUGAAAGAUAUUAUCAACGAGGAGGAAGUGCAGUUCUUGAAGACACUCAACCGAGGACGCCGCAUUCUCGACAGGAAGAUACAGAGCUUGGGAGACAAUAAAAUAAUCCCUGGAGACACGGCCUGGCUGCUAUAUGACACGUACGGUUUCCCUGUGGAUCUAACCGGGCUGAUUGCAGAAGAGAAGGGGUUAAGAGUUGACAUGGAGGCCUUCGAGGAAGAAAAAAAGACCGCUCAGCUGAAGUCCCAGGGCAAGGGAGGUGGUGAUGAAGAUCUCAUCAUGUUGGACAUCUAUGCUAUUGAAAGUCUCCGUGACAGAGGUCUGGAGCCCACCGACGAUUCCCCAAAAUACAACUAUCGGUCGGAUCCAGAAGGCUUCUACGAAUUUGGUAACCCUGGGGCCACGGUGAAAGCGAUCCGACGGGAAAACACCUUUGUGGAGGAAGUCCAUACAGGCCAAGAGUGUGGGGUUGUACUGGACCAGACCUGCUUCUAUGCUGAGCAGGGCGGACAGAUCUACGAUGAAGGCUACUUCAUUAAAGAAGACGACGGCGCUGAAGAUAAGACGGAAUUUACGGUGAAAAACGUACAAGUCCGAGGAGGUUACGUGCUCCACGUGGGCACAGUCUAUGGGAGCCUCAAGGUGGGCGAUUUUGUGCGCUUGUUUAUUGAUGAGCCGAGGCGAAGGCCCAUCAUGAGCAACCACACUGCCACCCAUAUCCUCAACUUCGCUUUACGUUCCGUGCUGGGCGAAGCCGACCAACGAGGAUCCUUGGUGGCUCCGGACCGAUUACGGUUUGACUUCACCGCCAAGGGAGCCAUGUCUACCCAGGAAAUCAAGAAAGUGGAAGAGAUUGUUAACGGAAUGAUUCAAGAAGCCAAGGUUGUGUACGCCAAGGACUGUCCGCUGGCGGCUGCCAAGGCCAUCCAAGGCCUCCGAGCCGUAUUCGAUGAGACUUAUCCUGAUCCUGUACGUGUUGUCUCCAUUGGCAUACCUGUUGAGGACAUGCUGAACGAUCCUUCCAGCGCAGCAGGUGCCGUCACAUCGGUUGAAUUCUGCGGGGGCACGCAUUUGCAGAACUCGAGUCACGCCGGACACUUCGUCAUUGUGUCGGAAGAAGCCAUAGCGAAGGGCAUCCGGAGGAUAGUGGCCGUCACUGGGGCCGAAGCACAGAAGGCCUUGAGGAAAUCAGAAGGUCUGAACAAACAGCUGGCUGACCUAGAAACCAAAGUGAAGAUCCAAACGACACCGAACAAAGACGUCCAACGUGAGAUUGUGGAUGUUGGCGAGGCCCUGGCUGCAGCCAUCAUUCCCCAGUGGCAAAAGGAUGAACUCAGAGAGGCCCUCAAAGCACUGAAGAAGAUUAUGGAUGAUUUGGAUCGGGCCAGCAAAGCCGACAUCCAGAAACGAGUGCUGGACAAGAUGAAGCAACUCAUUGAGGCUUAUCCCAACCAGCCUCUGGUCAUUCUGGAAAUGGAGAAUGGGGCUUCUGCAAAGGCCUUGAAUGAAUCCCUGAAGCUCUUGAAGACGCAUUCUCCUGAGACAGCUGCGAUGCUUUUCAGCGUGGAUAAUGAAGCAGGCAAAAUUACCUGCUUAUGCCAAGUUCCUCCGGAGAUUGCCGGCAAAGGGCUGAAGGCCAGCGAGUGGGUGCAGCAGGUCUCCGUGCUGAUGGACGGCAAGGGGGGAGGGAAAGACCUCUCGGCCCAGGCGACGGGCAAAAACACCGAUUGCCUCGAGGAAGCCCUGCAGGUGGCCACCGAAUUUGCCAAGCUGAAGCUCAGCGAGUUGAAGAACUGAAGCCCACCUGGGGAUCAAACUUGGGAAGGAUGUUCCUGGCCUUGCAGGCCAAUAGCUUAGAUGUUUUCUUUUAGCCCCCAUCGGCGGAGGACUGGACCCUACGUAGUUGUCCUAUAUUCCUCCGGCAUGAACUCAAGAGAGAGGGUUGGAAAAGUCGAUUAUCUGGAUCCUUGGCCAUGAAGCCAGAGCUGUGUUACUUUGAGCCCCCAUCUCCUGAGAAUAGCCAUGCCCGCUCAGGACGCCUGCUGGUAAGGAACGGACCCUCCAGUUGUCACAUAAGUGUAUCCUUCCUUUCAAUGCCACUGUGCAGUUUAAAGGGAAUUGUGCAAUUUCCUUUUCAUCUGUGAUUAAGCACUAAGUUCGGGGUAUUAUAAUGUGAAAAUACGCAGGGAUGAGCCUGACCUGCCCUCAUCGCAUUUCUUCUUUCUAACUCCCUCCCUUCAUUGUUUUAACCUCCGUUAGAACAAGCCUGCCCUCCCUCUGACAAAAUGGGGGUCAGAUAGGGCCGGCGCUGAAUAAAACAAGCAGACUCUGUGUAUCGCACAGUGGAAAUAA